AUGAGGUGGCUCAUGCUGCUGUUGCUGGUGGCCCUCUCGGAAGGCAUCCUCAAGAUCCCCCUGAAGAAGGUCCAGUCCAUGCGGGAAAACCUGCGGGAGAAGGACUUGCUGAAGGAGUACCUGGACCAGAAUCCCUACGUGACGGCCUACAAGCUCGCCAGCAGCCAGGGCGGGGCCCAGAAGACUCUGAGGAACUACCUGGAUAUGAUCUACGUGGGCACCAUCAGCAUCGGGACGCCCCCGCAGGAGUUCACGAUGGUCUUCGACACGGGCUCCACCGACACGUGGGUGCCCUCCGUCUACUGCUCCAGCCCCGCCUGCUUGUACCACCGCAUGUUCGACCCGCGCCUGUCGUCCACCUUCCGCCUGUCGGGGCAGCGCAUGAGCCUGGCCUACGGCACGGGGGCCAUGAACGGGAUUGUCGGCUACGACACCAUGACGAUCGCCGGGCUCACGGAUCGGAGCCAGGCGUUCGGCCUGAGCGUGGAGGAGCCCAGCAGGUUCUUGGAGCAUGCCCCCUUCGACGGCAUCCUGGGCCUGGGCUACCCCAGCCUGGGCCUCCCAGGCACCACCCCCGUCUUCGACAACCUGUGGAAGCAAGGCCUCCUCUCCGAGAACCUCUUUGCCUUCUACCUGAGCAGCAAAGGUCAGGAAGGCAGCGUGGUGAUGUUCGGCGGCGUGGACCCCUCCUACUACGUCGGGCAGCUCCACUGGCUGCCAGUGUCCAGGCCCCUGUACUGGCAGCUCUCUGUGGACAGCAUCUCCAUGGACGGCAAGGUCAUCGCCUGCCACCGCGGCUGCCAGGCCAUGCUGGACACCGGAACCUCGCUGAUCAUUGGCCCCCAGAUCCCCGUCCAGCACAUCCAGAGCGUCAUCGGUGCCCAGCACUUCUACGGUGGCGAGUACAUCAUCGGCUGCCAAGCCAGGAACACCCUGCCUGACAUCGUCUUCACCAUCGGUGGGGUCCAGUACCCUGUGCCAGCCAGCGCCUACAUCGGGCAGCGACAGUGGAACUGCUACAGCAACUUCGCGGCGCCGGCCGACCCCUGGUCCCAGUCCAGACUCUGGAUCCUGGGCGACGUCUUCCUGCGCCUCUACUUCUCCGUUUACGAUCGGGCCAACAACAGAAUCGGCCUGGCCCCCGCCGUGGGCAGCCCGGUGAGGCCCGUGCCCGAGGUCACUCAGACUGCACCGACGGGGACCGCGACGACCGAGCCAGGGUCGCCGCAGUCUGAGACGGCGCCCGCGGCCACCACCCCAGAAAGGAAGUUGGAAAGCGCCCCCCGGGCGCCCUCGAGGUCCGCCGCGCCCGCGCCCGCGCCCUUCGCCGUCGUGCCAGAUCUUUUCCCUUUCGACUGCUUCCCCCCGAACAUAAUUUUCCAGAAGAAAUCUCAGGACGAAUGA